AACAUGGCAGUUGUAGUACAUUGUCUCUGACACAGAGCAGUUGUGUAAUUAACCUGUUGUACAAAUUGCUUUGUUUGACUUUUAUAGAUUUUGGUUUGCCUCUGUAAAGCGACAUUUCCGACAAUGUUUGCCGCAAGAAGAGCACUAUGUCAUGGCUUGAGAUUGGCAAAUUUUACAGUUGCAAGACGCGGAUGCGCUGGGGCCGUCCCAGUAGACGACGUUGUGAACGGUCUUACGGACGAGCAGAUACAGCUCAGGCAGACAGUCCAGCGGUUCUGUCAGGAGAAACUGGCGCCAUAUGCAGAUGAGAUUGAUAAGAAAAAUGAAUUCUCACGUAUGAGGGAAUUUUGGAAAGAGAUGGGGGAAAUUGGACUCCUCGGAAUCACGGCUCCAGUUGAGUAUGGGGGAACAGGACUGGGAUACCUGGACCACGUGAUCGUGAUGGAGGAGAUGUCUCGGGUUUCAGCCGCUAUUGCGCUGAGCUAUGGAGCUCAUUCCAACCUCUGUGUCAAUCAAAUGGUGCGCCAUGGCAACAACGAACAGAAGGAGAAGUAUCUCCCCAAGCUAAUGACAGGCGAACAUGUCGGCGCGUUAGCCAUGAGUGAGCCCAACGCCGGUUCGGACGUUGUGUCCAUGAAGCUCACUGCGAAGAAACAAGGGGACCACUAUGUGCUGAAUGGGAAUAAAUUCUGGAUCACCAACGGACCGGAUGCGGAUGUUCUCAUCGUUUACGCGAAGACGAAAUCCCGAGGAGUUGCUAGAGGGAUUACAGCCUUCAUAGUAGAGAAGGGUAUGCCAGGGUUCAGCACUGCUCAGAAACUGGACAAACUAGGCAUGAGGGGCUCUAACACCUGUGAACUCAUCUUUGAGGACUGUAAAAUCCCAGAGGAAAACAUCUUGGGCCCUUUGAACAAGGGAGUGUACGUGAUGAUGAGUGGUUUGGACCUGGAGAGACUGGUUCUUGCCGCCGGACCUGUCGGUAUCAUGCAAGCCGUGCUUGACCACGCUAUACCAUACCUUCAUAUUCGAGAGGCGUUUGGACAGAAGAUUGGCCAGUUCCAGCUGAUGCAAGGCAAGAUGGCAGACAUGUACACCCGACUGAGCUCCUGUCGGCAGUACAUUUAUAACACGGCCAGAGCCUGCGAUAAGGGACAUUUCAGCGCCAUGGACUGUGCUGGGGUUAUCCUUUACUGUGCUGAGAAUGCAACUCAGGUGGCCUUGGACGGGAUUCAGUGUUUGGGUGGAAACGGUUACAUCAACGACUACCCCAUGGGCCGUUUCCUCAGGGACGCCAAACUGUACGAGAUCGGCGCGGGCACGAGCGAGGUCAGGCGGCUCAUCAUCGGGAGGGCCUUCAACGCCAUGUUCAAGUAGAAGCUCCGCCGUGCUAACCCCGUUACGCGGCACUGCUCGCCCAGAAGGCCUUAGAUACACACACAACACAACACAGCGACUUGAGUGGAACUUUAAAGCUUACGUCACCAGAGGGAGCUUGUUUAUUCAGCAAGAUCAAAAAAGACUCAUCUGAUGUUUUGCUGAUCUUCUGACUCCACCACCAAACAAAAAAAAAAAACAACAACAAAAAAAAGAACAAAAAAAGAAAGUAUUGUAGAAAAUUCUGGAAGCUUCCACAUGAUGUUGCUCAAUAACCUCAGUCUGACCGCGUUAAAAAAAGUGUAGACUCAGUGAUUAAUCAUUUCUCUUUUUUUUUUUAUAAAGGGGUUUCUAUGAGAUUGUCUUUCGCUCUCAGAUCUGCAGUGACCCAUCUGUGAUUUCUGUGUAUUCAUAGCGAGAGUGAAGGUACUGUUUUUUUUUUUUCCCUGAACAUAGUUUCACGCCACACACUGUGUGUGCUCAGUAAUGCACACGUCGCUUUCUCUUCCUGACUAAACACACA